UCUUGUUUUUCACUGUCAUUUAAGUUUGAUAAAAAUUUUCUGAGUAUUCAUUUCAUUUUUUCUUUUGAGUUAUAGUUAGUUCAUUACUAAUAGUAACCAAAAGCUGGAUCUUUGAGGAAGAAUAUUACAAGGGUCGGAUUUGUGUAACUGACAUGGGCAUGGCAGGUGCGACGGUAGAUGGAUCACAGUUUGAUGCUCGUCAAUAUGAUGCUAAAAUGAAUGAUUUGCUUUCGGCAGAUGGAAGCGAUUUCUUUACCUCAUACGAUGAGGUCUGCGACAGCUUUGAUGCUAUGGGUUUGCAGGAGAAUCUUUUGAGAGGCAUUUAUGCAUAUGGUAAUUUCGGUUUCCGGUCUGAUCCAAAACUUUUGCUUUACAUUGGCUUCACUGAUUUAAGUUGUUCUUUGAUCAACACCUCCAUUCCAAUUAUGCGUAUGGUUUGAAAAACAGAUUAAGGAUCAUAGAUCAACCGAGAUCCUAUAGCUUAAGGAUCAGAGUUUACUCCAAUUAUGGCUUGAAAAACAUAUUUCAGGAUCAGAGCUGCUUCCUAGCUUUUGACAUUGUAAUGCAGCUAGCUUAACUUAAGUCUAAAACAUCGCUGUCUGUUAUGUUAGGAUUUGAAAAACCUUCAGCUAUUCAGCAAAGGGGAAUUGUUCCUUUCUGCAAAGGACUAGAUGUUAUUCAGCAGGCUCAAUCCGGAACUGGAAAAACUGCAACUUUUUGUUCCGGGAUCCUCCAACAGCUUGACUACGGAUUAGUUCAGUGCCAGGCUCUGGUAUUGGCGCCUACGCGCGAGCUAGCUCAACAGAUUGAGAAGGUUAUGCGAGCGCUGGGGGACUAUCUUGGAGUUAAAGUCCAUGCUUGUGUUGGCGGAACCAGCAUUCGUGAGGACCAACGCAUUUUGGCAUCUGGAGUUCAUGUUGUUGUUGGAACUCCAGGGCGCGUGUUUGAUAUGCUGCGACGGCAGUCUCUUCGCGCUGAUUACCUUAAGAUGUUUGUGUUGGAUGAGGCAGAUGAAAUGCUUUCUCGCGGUUUCAAGGAUCAGAUCUAUAAUAUCUUUCAACUUCUCCCAACAAAAGUCCAGGUUGGAGUUUUCUCUGCCACAAUGCCGCCUGAAGCACUUGAGAUUACCAGGAAAUUUAUGAACAAACCUGUUAGGAUUCUGGUGAAGCGUGAUGAGCUUACCUUAGAAGGUAUAAAGCAGUUCUAUGUGAAUGUUGACAAAGAAGAUUGGAAGCUCGAAACACUCUGCGACCUGUAUGAGACCUUAGCCAUCACUCAGAGUGUCAUCUUCGUGAACACACGGCGCAAAGUUGAUUGGCUCACUGACAAGUUGCGAGGCCGGGAUCAUACAGUUUCAGCCACACACGGCGACAUGGAUCAGAACACGAGGGACAUCAUAAUGCGCGAGUUCCGCUCUGGAUCAUCCCGAGUGCUCAUUACCACGGACCUGUUGGCGCGAGGGAUCGACGUCCAACAGGUUUCCCUAGUCAUAAACUAUGAUCUCCCUACUCAGCCUGAGAAUUACCUCCAUCGCAUUGGUCGUAGUGGACGGUUCGGGAGGAAAGGAGUGGCCAUCAACUUUGUUACCAAGGAGGAUGAAAGGAUGUUGUAUGACAUUCAAAAGUUCUACAAUGUGGUAAUAGAAGAGCUGCCAUCAAAUGUUGCUGAUCUCCUCUAGACAAGUUUGUGUUUGUAGCUAGCAUUUUUAAGUGAUUUUAAUACUUUUUGUGUUGAGAUUUUGAGAUAGAAGUUUUUGCAGUGUUUUUUUUGGAUUCUUCCUCCCCUCCUAACAGGUUUUAUACGUCAGUUUAAUGUUGUCUUUUUGUUAUUUGAGGUUUAGUGUUUGGUGUUCUAUUUUGUGUACUCGGA